AUGUAUAUGAUUGAAUCUGGUGAAAGGCCAACAAGUAAUUACUUGGCCAAUGUGGUAAAAAAUGUCUCAAGUGAAAACCAUUUUACUGCUUUUGAUACUAAAUACAUAAAAAUGGGAGUCGGAAAUUACUUGUCUGAUUUCAUUGGCACAGGCAGUGGCAACAACCAACACAACACCAAGAACAAGAAGCAAUUACAGACUGUAGAGCUGAGGGUGACGAUGGAUUGUGAUGGCUGUGUGCUUAAGGUUAAGAAAACUCUAUCUUCAUUAGAUGGAGUGAAAUCGGUGGAGAUAAACAGGAAACAGCAGAAAGUGACCGUAACUGGUUAUGUGGAACCAAACAAGGUCCUAAAGAAGGCCAAGUCAACAGGGAAGAAGGCUGAGAUAUGGCCUUACGUGCCUUACAACAUGGUGGCAAAUCCUUAUUCUAUUCAAGCUUAUGACAAGAAGGCUCCUCCGGGAUAUGUGAGGAGAGUGGACAACUCUGCCACCAUUGGAACAGUGACAACAUAUCAAGAUCCAUACACCACCAUGUUCAGUGAUGAAAACCCAAACGCAUGUUCUAUCAUGUAG